GGGUGGAGGGGGUCGGGUUUUUCGUGACGGUGCGGAGCGCGGUCGGGGUCGGACGCGGGGUGGUCAGGCUGGUGGAGUGGCGCGGUGGGUGGAGGAUUUGGACGCUGUUUACGACCCUUGAGUCGGUGACGGGGUACGAGGAGCGUACUGGAUUCAGGAGGGAGGUUGGUGUGCAGCAUGGCGGGAUGGAGGGGAGGAGGAAUUGGGCCGAGAGGAGGGCGGCGGAACGGGAGUUUGUCGGGUCGGAACCGGAGGUGUUGAUCAUUGGUAGGUCGUGGAUGGGUUGUUGGGACGAUCACGGUGCUGAAGCGACAGGUGCUGACGGCGUGCGUACCUAAUUAGGCGCUGGCCAGGCCGGCUUGACUGCCGCAGCCCGGUUCAAGAUGCUCGGCGUCCCGGCUCUCGCGAUCGACAAGAACAGGGCCGUUGGCGACAACUGGCGGAAGCGGUACCACCAGCUCGUGCUGCACGAUCCGGUCUGGUACGACCAUAUGCCGUACAUCCCGUUCCCCGAGUCGUGGCCUAUUUUCACGCCCAAGGACAAGCUGGGGGAUUGGUUUGAGUCGUAUGUCAAGGCGCUCGACCUGAACGUGUGGACGCAGUCGGAGCUGGUGUCAGGUUCCUGGGACGCGGCCAAGGGCGAAUGGACGGCCGUCGUCAAGCGCGUGCGGGAGGACGGCCAGACCGAGACGAGGACCCUCCACCCGAAGCACCUCAUCAUGGCCACUGGACACUCAGGCAAGAAGUUCAUGCCCUCUGUGCCCGGCAUGGACGGCUUCAAAGGUGACCUCCUUUGCCACUCCUCCGAAUUCCCCGGUGCCCGGGAAUCUGGCCGGGGCAAGAAGGCCGUCGUCGUCGGAGCGUGCAACUCGAGCAUGGACAUCUGCCAGGACUACUUCGAGAAGGGCUACGACGUGACGAUGGUUCAGCGCUCCUCAACGAAUGUGGUGUCCAGCGACGGCGUGUUGAAAGUGUUACAGGGAGACUUGUACGAGGAGGGAAGCCGCCCGGCUGAAGACGCCGAUAUCACGGUUUGGGGUUGGCCGAGCGCGGUUUUGAAGGCGAUCGAGGUGGACCAUACCACCACUCUGAGAGAGCGGGACAAGGAGAUCCUCGACGGGCUGGAGAGGGCUGGCUUCAAGACUGACAGCGGCCCGCACGGGGGCGGCCUGUACUGCAAGUAUCUGCAGCGAGGAGGCGGAUACUACAUCGAUGUUGGCGGGGCGAAGCUGAUCAUUGACGGGAAGGUGAAGGUCAAGCACGGGCUGGAGGUGGCGCAGGUGUUGCCGAACGGGCUGAAGUUGGAGGAUGGCAGCGAGUUAGAGGCGGACGAGAUCGUGUUUGCCACGGGAUACAUGAACAUGAAGGAGACGGCGAGGGGCAUCUUGCCGGAUGCAGUCCUUGACAAGGUGGGAGAUGUGUGGGGCUGGAAUGACGAGGGCGAGAUGAGGACGAUCUGGACCGAGAGUGGGCAUCCUGGACUGUGGUUCCACGGCGGCAACAUGGCGUUCUGUCGGUACUACUCGAGGUUGGUGGCGCUGCAGAUCUUGGCCAGACUGAAGGGUUUGGUGAAGAAAUAGGGGUUGAAGGAGGCUCUUUGACAUCGAAUGGACACAAGCAUGCUGUUUACUGAGUCUCGGGAUGCCUCAAAUAUCCUGGUGAAUUAGAAAAAUAGGUUAACUAUCCCAUUUGCUAGCAG